CCGGAAGUAGAUUUUUCUUCUCUUAGCAUGGCGCUAUCCGAGGGUAGUUGUUAGAGUGGGUGAAUUUGUAACAAAAUUAAUGAUAUGGAUAUGUGAUUUCCAAAUAAGAAGUUAUCGCAGCAAGACUGAUUAAGGUUGUUCAUGAUGGCGGGAGAACAAGCAUCUGGUGCAUCUUCACAGAUCCACAGCAAUGAGGAAGAUAAAGCCUUUGACAUGACCACCAGCGAAAAGGUGGUAGAUCUGCUGAACCAGGCGGCUCUCAUCUCAACUGAAGAAAAGCUCGUUGUUCUCAAACAGGUACAGGAGUUGGUUAUCAACAAAGACCCGUCGUUGCUUGAUAAUUUCCUGGAUGAAAUUAUUGCAUUUCAGACUGAUAAAUCCAUUGAGGUGCGAAAGUUUGUGAUUGGAUUCAUUGAGGAGGCCUGUAAAAGAGACAAUGAGCUUCUGCUGCGGCUGAUUGCCAACCUGAACAUGCUGAUGCGAGAUGAGAGCGUGAACGUGGUGAAAAAGGCCAUUCUGACGCUCACCCAGCUCUACAAAGUGGCUUUACAGUGGCUGGUGCGCACUAAGAGUGUCACAGACAGGCAGGAGGCAUGCUGGGAUAUGGUAACUCAGAUGAAAGGGGAUGUCCUGGCAUUGCUUGAUUCGGAUAACGAUGGAGUCCGCACUCACGCCAUCAAAUUCACAGAGUCCCUCAUCAUCACUCUGUCACCACGAACCCCCGACUCUGACACACCUAAAAAGCAAGAGGGCGACAUCAGCCUGGAUAAAAUCCCCAAAGACCACACAUAUAUUCGAUAUGACACAUUAUGUGAGGAGGGCAAGACGGCUCUGGAUCAGCUGUUAAAGUUCAUGGUUCACCCUGCCAUCUCCAGCAUUAAUCUCACCACUGCACUAGGAUCACUGGCCACACUUGCUAGACAGCGGCCUAUGUUCAUGUCCGAGGUCGUGCAGGCCUAUGAGAUGCUACAUGCUAACCUGCCUCCAACUCUGGCUAAGUCUCAAGUGAGCAGUGUCCGCAAGAACCUGAAGCUUCACCUGGUGGCGGUGCUAAAGCAUCCCAGCAGUGUGGACUUCCAUGUCCAGAUCUCCACCCUGCUGCAGGACCUGGGCAUGUCUCAGAGUGAAAUCACUCGCUGCACGCCAGUCCCCGUACAACCCCGUAAGAGACUCCACCACGAGCCCUAUGUGGAGGGCAAGAGGAUCAAGAUGGAGGCCGUAGAGGAUGAUGAGGAUAAGGAGGAACCGGCUCCAGUUGUCACCCCAAAACCAUCCUCCACCAUAGGCACCCAGUCAGCCAUUGAUCUCACUGCUGAGUUCCUGUUACCUUUGCUGACAUCAGACAAUGUGGCCAACCUGGUGCUCAUCAGUAUGGUUUACCUCCCUGAAGUGAUGCCAGCCUCUUUCCAGGCCACUUACACGCCAGUAGAAUCGGCUGGCACUGAUGCCCAGAUUAAACAUUUAGCCAGGCUGAUGGCCACACAGAUGACUGCAGCUGGACUGGGACCCGGGCUGGAGCAGUGUAAGGCACGAGAUGAAGAGGUGAAAGAAGAGGGAGCAACGGGAGAGUCCAGCUCCAAAGACCCACUCAUCAUCCGUAAGCUGUCUGCGGUGUCUCUCGGUCAAGCCAUCUCAGUGGUCGGAGCAUCAGCAGCCUACAAAAGCCCUAUCAUUGAAGAGGCUCCACAGAUUAAGAAGCUUCCAGAGCCCAUCCUGCCCACCACACAGCUCAAAGCCCCCGGUGCCAGCGGCAGAAAAAAAGUGUUCAAAUUGGCUGAUGUGGUGCAACCGUUUUCUGAUGUUCAGAUUGAGAAACUCACCAACAUGGCCAUCAAGCGGAUCCUCUACUCUGAGAAGGCCAUUGCUCAGACUGGGAUGUCCCAUGUCAGAGUGAAGCUUCUUGCACGGUUGGUGACCCAGUUUGAGGGAAAUAAGAAAAACGAUUUGCUGCAGUUUGUUCUGGAGGAUAUGCGGAGCAGAAGUGAGCUGGCCUUUUCUCUGUUGUACCACGAAUAUAACGAAUACCUGAGUCAGGAACCAUCGGGCUGUCUAGACAGCUACGAGCACUGUCUGUUCACACUGCUGUCUGGCCUGCAGGAGAAACCUGAGCAGAGGGACGGCCUUUUCACCAAGAUUGUGUUGGAGGCUCCGAUCAUCACAGACUCGGCACUGGAGGUCAUUCAGCGAUACUGUGAAGACGAGUCACGUGUUUAUCUGGGCAUGUCCACAUUAAAGGAGCUCAUCUUCAAACGGCCCUCAAGACAGUACCAGUACCUUAAUGUCCUGCUGAAUCUCACCUCUCAUGAAAAAGAAAAGGUGCGGUCGACUGCUCUCGGCUUCAUCAAGCGCAUGUAUGAGAAGGAACAUCUGAAGGACUGCAUUGAGAAGUUCGCUCUCACCUACAUGCAGUUUCUGGUCCAUCCCAACCCCCCAUCUCUUCUUUUCGGAGCUGGAGAAGAUACAGAGGUGGCGGCUCCCUGGACAGAGGAGACGGUGCGCCAGUGUCUUUACCUCUACCUCUCCCUCCUGCCCCUCAACCAUCGUCUGGUGCAUGAGUUGGCUGCCGUCUACACCGAGGCUAUCGCCGACAUCAAGCGCAGCGUGCUCCGGGUCAUCGAGCAGCCUAUAAGAGGAAUGGGAAUGAACUCUCCUGACCUGCUGCUCCUGGUGGAGAACUGUCCUAAAGGAGCAGAAACACUGGUCACUCGCUGUCUGCACAUACUUACAGAUAAAGUGCCGCCUUCACCUGAAUUGGUGGAGAGGGUGAGGGAUCUUUAUCACAAACGAGUGCCAGAUGUUCGUUUCCUCAUCCCAGUCAUCAACGGUCUGGAGAAGAAUGAGGUGAUUCAGGCACUGCCCAAACUCAUCAAGCUCAAUCCCAUCGUGGUGAAGGAGGUGUUCAACAGACUGCUGGGCACUCAACACAGUGAAGGCAGUUCCUCCAUGUCUCCACUUACUCCUGGAGAGCUACUCAUCGCCUUACACAACAUUGACUCCUCUAAGUGUGACAUGAAGUCAAUCAUUAAAGCCACCAACCUGUGUUUUGGGGAGAAGAACGUGUACACGUCUGAGGUGCUGGCUGUGGUGAUGCAGCAGCUGAUGGAGCAGACGCCUCUACCCAUUCUGCUGAUGCGCACCGUCAUCCAGUCGCUCACCAUGUACCCUCGCCUGGCUGGCUUCGUCAUGAACAUCUUAGCCCGACUCAUCCUUAAACAGGUGUGGAAGUAUCCGAAAGUGUGGGAGGGUUUUGUGAAGUGCUGCCAGCGCACCAAACCCCAGUCCUACAAUGUUCUCCUCCAGCUGCCGCCUCCACAGCUGGCGAGUGUGUUCGAGCGCUGCCCAGAGAUGAGAGAGCCUCUCCUGCAGCACGUCCACUCCUUCACUCCUCACCAGCAAGCUCACAUUCCAACCUCUAUAAUGACCGUCCUGGAAGCCACCAACAGGAAACCAGAACCUGAGCCACAGCCUGAACUGCAACAUCCAGAAGUAAUGGAAGAGCGAGAGGUACCAUUACCAAAGCAUAUAUCAGUGCAUGCACCAGUACAACAAGCAGAACCCCCAGCCCCAAAACCCAUAGUGUUUACUGAACCAAUGCCACCACAAGAAAAACACCACCACCACCAGGUCCCAGCCAGACGGGAAGUAGCAGAGCCCAUGGAGCAGGAAGAAAUGGCCCAUGUUCCAGAGGAGGACACAUCUGAAGCACCACCACAGCAGAUGGAGGUGUCCGAGGAGGCUCCACAGUCCAGCCCUGUAGCAGAAAAGGCAGAUGAAAGCAUGGACGAGUCGGCUGCUGGACCUGCAGACGAGGCUGAAGAACCUGUAGAAGAGCCAGAGGAAGAGAAUGCAGAAACUGGAGAAAGCAGUGCAGACUGACCACGCUUGAAGGAUGACUGAAUAAAUGCACUGUUGAUGAAACAAUGUCUCUUUCUAUACUGCUCUGUUCAGUGUACUUUGUAAGUUAGGAGUAAAUCUGAAAUGGAUAAUUUUUGGUUAAUUCUUUAGAGGUUAUAAAUGGUUCAAGUUCUUUUGAAAAUAAGUUGAUUUUGUAUGUGCCACAAGUGUUUUCAUUUCUAAAAUAAUUUGUCGUCUGCAAAAAAAAUAAUAAAAAUGGAAAUAAAUAAAAAUGGCAAACAAACCGUC